AGCGAGGAACCUAAAUUCGUGGCAGAGCAAUAAUUUUAUUGUAUUCUUUUUUCUUUCGUACAUACUAGGUGCAAAAAAAACAACAAAAAAAGAAAAACACACCAGCAUGACGGUGUGUCGAAGACUGCGCCGACGGCGCGUCGAGCAGACGACAGCUCCGCGACGCCGGUAGGUGCGGUUCCGCCGAGGCACCGGAUUGGCCAAAACCUCAGAAGGCGAUGGCAGCGCCGCCGCAAAUAUCAGCGUUUUUUGCUUCACUCUCACCGCUUGCCGGGUGGUUUGUAUACGUUGGCGGCGUCGGACACAGACACGGUGUAAGACACAUCGUUCUUCGUGCAAUGGCUUCCAUCCUACGAAGCUGUCGCGAGCUGCUAGUGGAGUUGGGCGUAUACUUGUGGUGUAUCGUGGUCAGGCUGGUGUUUGCCUUGUGGUUCUUCUGGAAAAAGCCUGUACCACUGCCAGCUGCCACUGACAAGCUUCUGCUCCGUUCUGCUACAUCACUUGCGGCGGACAUCAGAAAUGGCAAGGUCAAAAGCGUCGACCUCGUCUCUGCCUACAUUGAGCGCAUCCGGGAGGUGCAGCCCAUCAUCAAUGCUGUUGUUGAGGAAAGGUUUGAGGAAGCGCUCGAAGAUGCCAAGGAGGUCGACAGACUGGUGGCAUCGGGGACCUUGAGCGCCAGCCAAAUAAGCAAGGAAAAGCCGUUGCUGGGGCUGCCGUUCACUGCCAAGAACAGCAUUGCUAUCAAAGGUUUACGACAGGAUGCAGGCUCGACGUUCUGGCACGGGCGGCGCGCCGAGGAGGACGCCCCGAGCGUGGCGUUGCUCCGGGCAGCCGGCGCCAUCCCACUGGCGCUGACCAACGUGUGCGAGAUGUGCAUGUGGGACAAUGCGCUGAACCUGGUCGACGGCUGCACGCGGAACCCGCACGACACGCGCCGAAGCCCCGGUGGAAGCAGUGGUGGAGAGGGAAGCCUCCUGGCAGCGGCUGGCUCCCUGAUUGGCCUAGGAACAGACAUCGGGGGAAGUGUGCGAUCACCAGCCGCCUACUGCGGUAUCUUCGGCCACAAGCCAACAGCCGGAGUGGUGCCCAACACUGGCCUGCUGCCAGAUGUCGGGGAAAACCUGGUGCAGUUCAACUGCGUGGGCCCCAUGGCCAGGUUCGCGGAGGAUUUGCCGCUGAUGCUCAACGUUCUGGCAGGAAGUGCAACCAACAUGCUUCGACUAAAUGAACAGGUAAACAUGAAGGCGCUGAAGCUGUAUUACAUGGACACGGAAGGAAGCCUCUAUAUCAGCCGUGUGACUACCGAGGCUCGUCAAGUAGUUAGACGGGUCACCCAGUGCCUCAAGGCGGCGCAUGGACUCGAAGCGCAGCAACUACACUUGCCCGAACUGCAGUUCAACCUAUACAUGUGGUACAAAGUGAACGGCGGGUUGGAGGACAAGCCGCUGGCCGAAAUGUUCAGACCCGGUGGCUUCAAUGCGCUAGUCGAACUGCUUCGCUACCUGGUGGGAGCUGGCCGGCACACCCUGGCAGCAUUGGCCGCAUGCACCAUUACGAAACUUUUCCGCUUCCGUACGAAACAGCAGGCUUACGCCUACAUGGCCUCCUUAGACAGCGCCCGCGACAGGCUCGAGGAGACACUAGGGGAUGAUGGAGUGCUCAUUCUGCCCGCGGCAGUGAGUGCUGCCCCAUUCCAGAACCAGGACUUGUUGUUGUUCGGUUUGUCUUGCCUGUUGGCUCUUUUCAAUCAGUUCAAGGUGCCCGCCACAGUGUGCCCCGUAAUGCUGUCUACGCAGGGAUUGCCCCUGUGCGUGCAGGUGGUGGCGAAGAGGGGAAACGACAGGCUAUGCCUGGCAGUCGCCAGGGAAAUCGAGAACCGCUUUGGCGGGUGGCUUGAUCCUUCGACGAAAAUAAAAGCUUGAGUGUGACGUCCGGGUAAGUGACACAUUAAGGUAGUUCGUCCUUGGUUUGACGGUUUCUUGAAUUCACCAAAAUUCAAAGAAAGCCGUUUCAAUGUGUGCGUAACUGCAAAGAUGAGUGCCUUGGGUUGAAUAGCUUGUAGGAAAAGUGUUCUGUCAUUUUUUUUUGUCAUGUGAAGUAAGAAACUACUCUGUGCAAAGCAUUUGUCAUUGUUAUAUAUGGCACAGCAUGUCAGUGUUUCAGAAGAUAUUUGCAGUAUUCUUAAAUUGAGAAAAUAUUGCGAGGAAGCAGACGUCUCUUGUGAAAGUUUUUUUCUAUGCAUGGCUGAAUAAAAAAUGCUUAUCUUUAUUCGUAA